AAGGCAUUAAUAAAUUUGGAUUUACAAUGGGCAAGAGGCUCAGGCAGCUAUCAUACAAAACUUCUUCAGCUUUUAUUCUAGAUUUCUAAAUAAAAAAUGGCAUCAUUUGAUGAUAUCCUGGAUCACGUUGGACAAUUUGGUCUAUUUCAGAAGCAGGUAUUCUUGCUGAUGUGUAUGAUCUCUGCGGUUUUUAGCCCAAUCUAUGUGGGCAUCGUUUUUCUAGGAUUUGUGCCUUCACACAGGUGUUUCAAUCCUGACUUGGCGAACCUGAGCAGUAAAUGUGGAUGGAGUUUAGAAGAGGAACUUAAUUACACAGUUCCUAUACUGGAUGAGAAUAUAGACUCCUCGUAUGCAAGUCAGUGUCUCCAGUACGAUAUAGACUGGAACAUGACAUCUUCAAGUUGUCCAAGUCCUGUCCAUAACAGUACUAUGUAUGGUCUUAAUAGGAUACCCGUUUCCAACUGUAAAGAUGGGUGGAUUUAUAACACUACUGGAGCAUCCAUCGUAACAGAGUUUAACCUUGUAUGUGCUGAUUCAUGGAAGCUGGAUCUCUUUCAAUCGUGUGUGAACCUUGGAUUUUUCCUUGGAUCAUUGUUCAUUGGAUACUUUGCUGACAGAUUUGGCCGUAAACCCUGCCUAUUAAUAUCUCUUUUUAUCACUGCUGUCUUUGGAGUUCUGGUGGCAUUUGCUCCAACAUACCCCCUGGUUGUUACAUUUCGUUUUAUUCAAGGAUUAGUAAGCAAGGGGAGCUGGCUGUCUGGUUACAUUCUUGUUGCAGAAUUUGUCGGCAUGGACCACCGGAGGACUGUGGGUAUCGUGUACCAAGUUGCCUUUACUGUUGGCCUCCUAGUACUCUCGGGAGUUGCUUAUGGAAUAACUAACUGGAGAUGGUUGCAGCUGGCUGUCACUCUGCCAAACUUUUUGUUUUUGGCAUAUUACUGGUGUGUCCCAGAAUCCCCUCGAUGGCUUAUUUCUCAAACAAGAAAGGCUGAAGCACGGGAAAUUAUCCAGGGUAUUGCCGAAAAAAAUCGGAAAACAAUGCCAGAGGCAUUAGAGAAUUUAACUGUGGAUGAAGAAGGAGAUGAAAAACAGAUUCCAUCAUUUAUGGACUUGGUCAGGACACCACAGAUUAGGAAACAUACCUUUAUUUUGAUGUAUAUCUGGUUUACCUGUGCUGUAAUUUACCAGGGAUUGAUCAUGCAUAUGGGAACUACUGGUGAAAACAUACAUUUUGACUUUUUCGUCUCUGCUAUGGUUGAAUUCCCUGCUGCUCUGAUAAUAAUUGUUACUGUGGAUCGAAUCGGGCGCCGUUAUCCAUGGGCUGUAGGAUGCAUUGUAACAGGAAUCUCCUGCCUAAUCACUGCCUUCAUCCCAAAUGAAUUAAACUGGCUGAAAGUAACCCUGGGCUGUGUGAGCAGAAUGGGUAUUACACUCUCCUAUGAAAUGAUUUGUUUGGUGAAUGCUGAGCUGUAUCCAACAUUUAUCAGGAAUCUAGGAAUAAUGGUUUGCUCAUCAAUGUGUGAUCUUGGAGGUACCAUUACACCAUUUCUAGUCUACCGGUUGGCAGAUGUCUGGAAAGAAUUACCACUUAUAGUAUUUGCUGUACUUGGGACACUAUCUGGAAUUCUAGUGCUCUUGCUUCCUGAAACAAAAGGAUUGUCCCUUCCAGAAACAAUUGAAGAAGCAGAAGGAAUGCAUAAACAAGCAAAAGCUUACAAGAAACCCGUAACAUACUUAGAAGUUUGCACAACGCAUCAGGACUAAAGAAAUUGAUUAUCGGAUUAAUUAACAAAUUAUAAUGCUGAACGUGGUAUGUUAAAAUGAAUGUUAAAUCAAUAAAUUUGCUAACAUUGUU